AUGUCUCUCCUCAAUCGUUUUACCCGCCAAACUCCCUCCACCGUCACGCUCCUCACGCGCCACCUCUCCUCGGCCGCAUCCAAACUCCACGCAACUUACACGUUCAAACCACCGUCUUCUCUCACUCCCGAGCCCCAAUGCCCCAACUCCCUUCCCACCAAACCCAACCAAAAAAAGCUCAAGCCCAAGUACCGGCCUCCCUCCUCCCUCGACCGGGCCGGCCGCAAGCCGGUCCGUUCUGUUGACCUGCCUUUCGAUUUCCGGUUCAGCUACACAGAGAGCAGCCCUAAGGUGCGGCCCAUCGGGCUCAGGGAGCCUAAGUACUCACCCUUUGGGCCGGGCAGGCUCGACCGGAAGUGGACAGGAGUGUGCGCGCCAGCGGUGGACCCCACGGUUGAGAGCUUAGAGGGCGCGGAGGACCCUCAGUUGGAGGAGCAAAGGAAGAAGAAGAGAGAGUUGAUUCAAGGAAAACCUCUUACCAGUAAUGAGAGAAAGGCAUUGGUUUCGCAAUUUGAGAGAAGCAAAACUAAUAGGCAUGUCAAUCUCGGAAGGGAUGGUUUAACUCACAACAUGCUGAAUGUUAUUCAUAAUCAUUGGAAAUUUGCUGAAGCAGUUAGAAUCAAAUGCAUGGGUGUUCCAACUAUGGACAUGAAAAAUAUUUGUACCCAGCUUGAGGACAAAACAUUUGGGAAGGUCAUUUUCAGACAUGGUGGUACACUUAUAUUAUACAGAGGCAGGAAUUAUAAUCCGAAAAAGAGACCUGUUGUUCCUCUCAUGUUGUGGAAGCCCCAUGAACCUGUAUAUCCCAGACUGAUUAAGACAACAAUUGAUGGCUUAAGUAUUAAUGAAACAAAAGAAAUGCGGAAGAGAGGCCUAGCUAUUCCUGCUUUAACUAAACUUGCCAAAAAUGGUUAUUAUGCUUUUUUGAUACCCAUGGUCAGAGAUGCUUUUCUUUCCUGCGAAUUGGUUCGGAUAGACUGUGAGGGUCUUGAAAGGAAAGAUUACAAGAAAAUAGGCUGCAAACUCAGGGACAUGAUCCCCUGUAUUCUGGUGACAUUUGAGAAUGAACAAAUUGUGGUUUGGAGGGGCAAGGAUUAUAAGCCUCCAAAGGAUGGAUACUUUCUUAAAGAUCGAGAAUCAUUUGAUGACGACAAUGAUGACUUGUGUGUGGGAGAAGAGCAACAGGCUAUGUAA